AUGGGUAACAGGAGAGAGGCCGAAAAGAUGCGGCACAGUCCGCACCGAGUUCACGAAUUUAGUUUGGCGAAUUUACUCACUGAUCCGUUCGCCAUUUCGCUGCUGUCGCUGGCAUUGAUAUCAUGGAUCAUUGCGUUCGUUGGGUCGAUUGCAGCGGCUGCUAACAACCGAGACUACCCUCCGUUUGCGUGGUGGGGAAUAGUUUAUCAAAUGCUGCUGUUGAUAGCCAUUUUCUUGCUGUACUGCUACGAUUUGGUGGAUUACUACAAGACGUUUCUUUCAGCAGGUUUGGCGGUGGCUUUUAUUUACACGACCAAUAGUACAGGGGAUUUGAUCUAUCGAGACGGCUCGAAAGUGGCAGCUGCGUCGGCAGGACUCAUUCUGCUUUCGAUGAUCAAUGCUAUAUGGCUAUUCUACUUUGGUGCGGACAACGCUUCGCCUUCGAACAGAUGGGUGGAUUCGUACUCUUUGAAGGGCAUCCGUCACUCUGUAUUAGAGUCCUCGAUAGCAUUGAGCGGCCGUCCCACUGGUGUACCACAACGCAACGUGUCGCGAUACUCGACAAAUUUCAACGAAGACACGAACCGUUUUAGCGAACGUAUUCCUCAAUCUCACCAUCUUUACCCAGAAUCACACUCCCAACACUACGUUUCGUCCACCGCAUUAAACGGAUUUGAAAAUGCGGGUCCCCCAGCAGCUCCAGCACUCCAAGAAAACGUUGCAAAUUCCCACAAUUCAAAUACAUUCUUCACCGACACCACUAACGGCAAUACGGAAACAACGAUGGGUGACACUCUGGGGCUAUAUAGCGACGCUGGUAACGAACUGGGAAGCUUUCCUUACACAGCUAAGGCUCUUUACACAUAUUCGGCUGACUCAAACGAUGCCUACGAAGUAUCGUUCGAGCAGGGCGAAAUUUUGAGAGUUGGCGAUAUCGAAGGCCGGUGGUGGAAGGCUAAAAGGGCAGAUGGUGAAACAGGCAUAAUUCCAAGCAAUUAUGUUGAGCUGGUUAGCGACGGUACAGUUUAG